UCCAGGGAAGCCGCCACCGGAGCUGCUGAGGUUCCCCUCUGAAUCCAGAAAUCAAGGUGUUUCAGCCAGGAAAAAAACUCUUGUAUACAAUAGUAGACAUCGCCUUUUUUCCCCUCACAUUAACUUAAAGAUAUAUAAGGAAUGUACAUAUAUUUCUGGUGGUCCAGGCAUUGUUGUGACGGCAGUUCCGGGAGGGGAUGGAUGCGAGCAGAGGUGCGCCGAGGCAGCUCUGACACAGACCCGGCUCCUGUGUGAUGCAGCUGUGGAAACCCUGGAGGACGAGCCGACGACUGCUUUUAAAACAUUAACAGACCAGAGAUCAGCGGCUGCUUGUUAUUCAGCACGUGUUUGGAUUUCAUAUGAGGAUCUGGGAAAGCCAUGUUGCCUGUCUACUCUCCUGCCUUAAAAUGAGAGAAAAUAUACGCCAGCGCUUGGAUUUCUGAAUCCCCUUCUCUUUCUCUCCGUGGGUUGUUUCCUCCUCUUUCAGCUGUCAUUAUUUCCCACUCGUGUGUUCUGGCUUUGCUUUGGGUUUCACUGUGGAAUCAACUCGCUUAGAUUACAGAAGUGUGCAAGAGAGAGGACAGCGCUGGCAUCCAUCCAUGCGCGCUCCACGCUGUUUUUUAUGAUUAUUAUGGAACUGUGACUUUAAACUGAGGCAGCAAAUAUCGCAUGCUUCCUGCAUCUGCUCGGUGCGCGGUGUACAAACUGAGUGUUCAGGUACGAUUUUAAGUAAAAUGCUUUGAUUCUGGAGUUGUUGUUGUUUUUUGUUUUUUUUUUUGUUGCUGCCGGCUGUCAGUGACGCAACAUCUCACACAGACUGCAUGAGAAAUACAUGCGUAGAAGGGCGUGAACUUGGCAACGGCCAACAUCCUUCUCAUAAAUAAAGCAUCUAUUUAUUUAUAAGCCCAAUUCGCGCAGUUUGCAGCCUUACAGUUACCAUCCAUCAAAACUCAUCCUGCUGGAAAUAAUGGAUCUGAAAGCGGACCCGGACGAGAUGGACUACAAGCAGCCGGCUCCCAUUGAAGUUUUUGCCACCAGGUCCACGCUGCACGGGAUCUCGCACAUGUUCACUUAUGAACGAAAGUAUGUGAAGCGCAGCCUGUGGAUUGUGUUCUUCAUGGCCUCUUUGGGGGUGCUGGUGAUGGUGUGCGUGGACCGGGUGCAGUUUUACUUCGACUAUCCCCACGUCACCAAGCUGGAUGAGGUGGCCGCGUCAAUGAUCGUGUUCCCCGCGGUCACCUUCUGCAACCUCAACUCCUUCCGCUUCAGCCAGGUGACUCCCAACGACCUGUACCACGCUGGGGACUUCCUCGCCUUGCUCAACGGCAGGUAUGAAAUUCGGGAUCCACAUCUGGUUGAGGAAAGCGUUCUGAAGACCUUGAAGGAGAGGACAGACUUUGACAACUAUAAGCCUCGACCUUUCAACAUGCGUGAAUUCUACGAUCGAACGGGUCAUGAUAUUAAGGAAAUGCUCCUCUCCUGCUCCUACAGAGGCAUGGAGUGUAGCGCUGAGCACUUCAAAGUGAUAUUUACACGCUACGGGAAAUGCUACACAUUUAAUUCAGGCCAAGAUGGACGACCGCUACUUGUGACGAUGAAGGGUGGAACAGGCAAUGGCCUGGAGCUGAUGUUGGACAUCCAGCAGGAUGAAUACUUGCCUGUUUGGGGAGAGACUGAUGAGACAUCAUUUGAAGCGGGGAUCAAAGUUCAGAUCCACACCCAGGAGGAGCCACCGUUCAUAGACCAGCUGGGCUUCGGAGUGGCCCCAGGAUUUCAGACCUUUGUUUCCUGUCAGGAACAACGGCUGACGUACCUGCCCCCACCGUGGGGGGACUGCAAGUCCACAGCAAUGGACUCGGACUUCUUCAGCACUUACAGCAUCACUGCCUGCAGAAUCGACUGUGAGACACGGUACCUGAUGGAGAACUGCAACUGCAGGAUGGUCCACAUGCCUGGAGAUGGCCCAUACUGCACCCCGGAGCAGUACAAGGAGUGUGCAGAUCCUGCCUUGGACUUUCUUGUUGAGAGAGACAAUGAUUACUGUGUGUGUGAGACUCCAUGCAACAUGACUCGAUACGGCAAAGAGCUAUCCUUUGUGAAGAUACCCAGCAAAGCAUCGGCCAAGUACCUCGCCAAGAAAUUCAACAAGACGGAGCAGUACAUUGCUGAUAACAUUCUGGUUUUGGAUAUCUACUUUGAGGCGCUGAACUAUGAAACUAUUGAACAAAAGAAAGCCUACGAACUGGCAGGCCUUCUGGGCGAUAUUGGAGGUCAGAUGGGUCUCUUCAUAGGAGCCAGUAUCCUCACCGUUCUUGAGCUCUUUGACUAUCUGUAUGAGGUGAUCAAGUACAAGCUGUGCAGAUGCAUGAAGAAGAAACACAAAGGCCGCAGCAACAAUGAUCGGGGAGCUGUACUGAGCCUGGAUGAUGUGAAACACCAUGCUCCUUGUGACAACCUGCGUACACCAUCUACAUAUCCUGGGAACAUGCUACCUCACCAUCCGGGCCAGGGCAACUUUGAAGACUUCACUUGCUGAGCAGACCUCAGUAAAGCAUCACCGUGUGUGUUAUGCAACCAAAGCCGACCGUACAGCGAGAACUAUCUGACGCACAGUCAGUAAUGAGUGGAUGCUGAUGAAUAUAACAGAGGCACUUUUUACAUAGAAACCAAGAAAAAAAAUCAAACAUGAUAAAGGAUUUCCAUCCAAAGGCCAAGUAAAAAAAGCCCUGAAUUUUAAAAAAGUAUAUUUUGAUUUUUAGAAAAAUCUUUCGUGCAGAGCUCAAACUCUUUGUGUUUUCCUCUGAAAUACUGCCACAACGGAUACUGGUGGAGAAGGUUUGCCAACAAGGAACUCUCUUACAGGAAAAAAAGAAAAUAAAAAGCCUACAUGAUUACUGGAAGAUGUACAGUUAUUUCACAGCUAACAGAAAAGAGCCUCCAUGCCUUUAUGUGACACAGCAACAAUACGAUGCAUCCAUAUGACCCCCACUCCUGCUUCUGUGACGAUAUCCAUAGUGCUUACUCCACCGUACAUGUAGCAAACUGUUGUCAAUUUGAGAAUGAAUCUCUGUUCAUGCCUGAGGGGGACAUUUUCACCAGGGAGUGGGGGAAGCAGCAAUGGCAGCACAGGUGCAACAUCUACCAUUUAAAAAUGUACUGGUGAAAAUUUCAGGUCUCAUUUUCAUGGUAAUGCAUGCUUGUAUUUGUCCAGUGCAUGUUUUUUUUUUUUUCUUGUCAUUUCUACUUCUAGUUGAUUUUUAUGUCUUUAUAUAAUAAACAUAUAUAUAAAUAAAUAUACAUUUACAUUGUAAUUACCAAGUCUGCCUCAGUGAUAAGCAGGUAAAGGAAGAUGAUGCGUCUCUUAAAUUUCUGUGUAUUUGCUUACGUGCGUGCGUGUGUGUGUGUGUGUGUGUGUGUGUGUGUGUGUGUGUGUGCGUGUGUGUAGGGCAUCAUCUGUAAUGCCCAACCAGGUGUUUGUUAAUUGUGCAAUUCCCAAUUUUUGUGUUUAACUUUUUCACAUGUGCCAGAUGAGUUGAAGAAUCUUCGCUCAUCUUCAUUUAUGCUUAUAUUGACCUCGAUGGGAGGUUGUUUUUUUUAUUAACAUCUUUUUUUUUGGUUCCUUUCUGAACAGUUUAUUCAUAAAUUACUUGCAGUUCAGUGGGGCUGUUAGAAAUUUUCUGUAUCUGUGUUCUAGUUGCAAAAGUCUUAACGAAGCACAAUAUUGAAAGUAUGUAGAGGUGACAUAAAAUAAAAUGUACUAUUCUUGA